AUGGCUCAGCAGCCACUGGUGAUUGUUUCUACUGCUCUGGGAAACUGGAAGAGGAAAGUUCAAAGUCAGAUUCCCCGGACUGGGGAGGCACCGGGGCUGUCACUGUGUCCUCUCCAGCCGGGUUCUCUGUUUCAAGAGUGCCAUACUUCUGUUGGCCCAUGCUACCUGCUGCAGCGCCCCAACAGUGCGCACCUGCUUCUCUUCCCUGCACCAGCUCUCUCCCCGCCGGGAGAGGAUGACAGCUUAGGCCAGGACUCUUCAAAGCAGGUCAGCUGUGGCUCCUACUCCUCAAAUCCUCCAACCCGGGAACCUCUCCACGGCCCCUCGCCCCACCCAUCUCACGGUCACAGCUGGGCGCUGUGUGCCCCAGGCGGCUCCCACUGGCCCCAGGGAGCGGACGGCGGCAGCAGCAGGCGCUGGCCUACCUGCCAUUUAAGACUUUUCCAAGAAGCUGCUUUCAUGGAGAUGCAGUUCGGGGAACCUUUGGACCAGGUGGAAGUCUUAUCCUUGAGACACCUAAGCAAGGUGUUUAUUUCACCACUCUGCUCUCGAGAUGUUGCCUUACUUCAACAUAAAGAUGAACAGUUAUCUCUGUGCCUCACUAAUUUGAGGGAAGAAAUUGCUGAAAAAGAUCACAAGCAAAGACUAUUAUCUAUAUAUUUGGUGCACUGCCCACCAGGCAGUACCCUGUGCUGUCUGCUCUGCACUCUCAGCCCGCCUGCCCCUCAAGGGCUGCGCGUGUCUACAGCAGCUGCUUCUGUUGUGCAGUGUUGUUCAGGAUGGCUUAAGGCCACUAGCUCGCUUGAGCCCCACAGGAGCGCUAGAGGUGAAGAAAAUAUUUGGAAGCUCUGUGAAUACAUCAAAAACCAUGACCAGUAUCCCUCAGAAGAAUGUCACCCUGUCUUUAAAUCCAAUGAGAAAAGGACGAUACCUGCCUGGAAGCAGCCGGCAAGACCUGGAAAUGGACUCGUGAUCUGGGAUUACCGUGUUGUUUUGCUUCACCUUUCGAGUGGAGGACAGAGCGUCGUUUCUGAUCUAGAUACCGUGCUGCCAUUUCCCUGCCCCUUUGACGCAUAUGUAGAAGAUGCCUUUAAGUCUGAUGAAGACACUCACCCACAGUUCAGGAGGAAAGUGAGAGUGAUCUGUUCCGAUUGCUACUUGAAGACCUUUGCUUCUGACCAGUCUCACAUGAAAGACUCUGGGGGGAACUGGCGGGAGCCUCCCCCACCUUAUCCCUGCGUGGAAACCACCGGAGACUGCAAAACGUACCUGGGUGAUUGCAUCGGUAUGGAUCCUGAGGUUGGGUGGGGAGCUGUGUACACACUACCUGAAUUCGCACAUCGGUUGAGCAGUACAAGCUACUGAGCUGGACAUCAGGAUGGAGAACUGUGGAGAACUCGGGGACAGGAACAGGCCAUCCUGUCAUGUAGGACUACAAAUGUGGUACCGUUGGCUUGGAGUUACAGUUUUCUCCUUCAAUUCAGUGGAGUAUAUGAACACAAAUACAGAUGAACUAGAGAAAAACCUUUUUGGGGCUGGAGUAGAAUGCAUAUUUAGCGUAUGUGAGGCCCGGGAUUCCAUCCCAGCACCUUCCCUUGAUGUGUCAGGUGGACACUUGUCCUGGUGUCUGAUGGCUGCCUUAGGGCUCCUGUGUUAAAGUGUGUGACGGCUGGGGCCGGACCUCUCUGUGUGCAGAUGAGAUGACUCUCCUGCAUGUUUCUGUCUUUCUAGCCACACUGUAAGCCCCCUGUGUGCAAGGCUGUGUUUCACGGAUAUGUGAACCUUUGGUGUAUCCGUAAAAGAUGCUCAUAAAAUAUUCCUGGAGACAGCACUACUGCUUGGAAAGGGAUUGUAUUGUAAGUUUCAGCAAAAAGUAUUAGUCUUUUUGUACUACCGUGUUGUUAACAAUUGCAUUUCCUUCAGGCUGAGUGAUAUUUGGCCUAUUUAUAAGUGAUUUUUAAAAGAUAAGAUUUGAAGUUUAUUGUGUUGAAGGUUUU